CCAGGUUCUAUUCCCUGGCAGCUGGGAGGAUGCUCUCACUCCCAGUUCGGGAGGAGCAAGACAGGAGUUGUUCCAUCAUGCCAAGAACUGGGAGCAGGCCCAGGGAAGAAGGGGCCGUGGAGGGGGAUCGGCCCUGCCGAGCUCCGGCAUCGCCGCAUCCCCUCCAGGUCCGGGCGAGCUCCUCCCGGCUCCGGGCCAAGGACAACAGCGGCAACCCGAGCCCUUCCCGCGGAACGGGGGGCCCGUGUUUACCCUGGAGCCGGAGCCGGGGGGCCCCGAGCCGAGGGCCGAUCCCGGGCCGGCAGAGAAUUCCCUGCUGUCCCGCUCUCAUGGCGCUGCUGUUGGGAGCGGUGCUGCUGGCGGCGGGCGCCGCGAUCCCGCCGGGAAUGCCGGCCCCCCGCGACCUGGCCCGCUCCGUGCUGGAGACCCACGGGCAGGACCUGCGGCUGCUCAAGCUGCUGGGAGUCACCAGGACGAGCUUCGACUGGGGAACCCACUUCAGCAUCAACUUCACGGCCCGGCAGCCGCCCUGCCCCAAACCCGCCCCGGACCCCCGCGGCUGCCGGGGCCGCCCGGGCAGGGUGCAGCGGUGCUCGGCCCAGGUGUCCGUGUUCACCUUCCUGCCCGACGUGCCGCUGUCGAUGGUGGAAUGUGGCGAGGAGCCGCAGCCCGGUGGCAGCGCCCAACCCCGCUCCCCUGGCACCCCAAAAACCUUCGGCGCCAACCCAGGUCACUCCUCCUCAUCAUCCUCCUCCUCCUCGCGGCCCCCCCGGCGGCCUCGCCCCCCCAGCGCGUCCCCCCGGGGGUCAUCCCGCCGCCCCCCGGCCCCAACGGAGCUGGAAUAAAGAG